AUGCAGCUGCUGCUGCUGCUCGGAUGCGGUCGCCUAGCAACCCCAGCCUCGGUGAAAGUGGCCCAUGGUUAUGCAGGGAGUGUGGGGGAGGGGAGCGUCACGUCCAACCCGCGCCUGCAGGGGGAGCUGUGCCCUGUGCGGCUGCUGUGUAUCUGUGCCGCCUCCCUCUAUUACUGCACGGCUGCAUCUUCUCUCGGGACCCUGGAGCAAGCAUGCAACACAAAGUGUGCGCUAAUUACAUUCAUCGCCAAGCUGCAAUGGAGUGUGGGGGAGGGGAGCGUCACGUCCAACCCGCGCCUGCAGGGGGAGCUGUGCCCUGUGCGGCUGCUGUGUAUCUGUGCCGCCUCCCUCUAUUACUGCACGGCUGCAUCUUCUCUCGGGACCCUGGAGCAAGCAUGCAACACAAAGUGUGCGAUAAUCACAUUCAUCGCCAAGCUGCAAUUCCUCGGCAUCAGUCCACCAACGAAGAGGCACUCGCUGAAUUACAAGAUAUCCAAAAUCGUGCGCUCCUGCCUGUACUUCCUGCUGUCCUGCUUGUUUUUUCACACCGUAGUUGUACUCUACGGAGCCCCUCUCUUGGAAAGUGCUGUGGAAACAUUCUCCCUGGGUGUCCUACUGUCCACUAUGACCACGCUCAGGUGUUUGUGUAUGAUGGGGCCCAAUGUCCAGGCUUGGAUCCGUGUGUUUAGCAGGGAUGGGGCCAUGUCGGUAUGGGACACGUCUCUGCAGAUCACCACAGGGUGCAGUGUGCUUGGAGCCUGGCUUGGGGCAUUCCCCAUCCCUCUGGAUUGGGACCGGCCAUGGCAGGUGUGGCCCGUCUCCUGCACCCUGGGGGCCACUGUGGGCUUCCUGACGGGGCUGCUGGUCGCUCCCGUCUGGAUCCACUGGCACCGCAAGCAGCUGAUCUACAAGAGCAAAUAACGCUUGGAGGCACAAUGAGAUGCGUGAAUAUACACACACACACACACACACACGCACGCGCGCAAAAAGAAGCUGACUGGAACAUACAGGUAGCCCCCUGUGAUCCUCAGAUAUUCAGAUGCAUCAGUCAGGACCAGGGACAUUUAGGGGAACACCUCGCCACCAAUCCCCAGACACUCCCGACAUUCCCCUCCGGUAGUCACUGAGGUCAUAUACACAAAAGAUAAAAAGUCUUAUUUCUGUCUUAAUUUAAAAACAAUACCGUUGUUCUUUUUGUACUUUUUUUUUUUUGUCAUUUGAUGGCAGUAUGUAUUCUUUUCCUUGUGUUUUUUUUUUGUUGUCCCUUAUUUGGUACUGAGUUGUACAGACUUCACUGAGACAUUUUACACAGCGAGUGAGAGAGAGAGAGAGAGCGACAGAGAUUGAAAGAUAGCAAGGGAAUUUUGCAAUCCAGUGCACAAAGAUGCACCGUUUCCUUUUUCUUGAAGCGAAUAAAGAAUCACUUCUGUAAAUG